GGAAACUUCACUCGACACCUGGAGCGAUACGGGAAGCGGGGAGGGAACAGUCAUAUAAAACUCAUCCAAAGCGUCAACCAAGGGCAAGGGAAGACUCAAAUUGGCGAGACAAACACGGAACCUAAUCAUCGAACCUAACCAGACGGUCUUAUGCAGGUUGGGAGGUGGAUAUGGCACAGCGUCAGCAACCUUUCCUCCCUCGCCUUCCCGGCACGCCCCGCCUCUUCCUCCUCCCUGGCACACUCAUCCUCCACUCAAGGAACGCUGGUUGCAUGGAGAAACAUGCGGAUCAUUAUGAGGCUGCAAGCUGGAACGGCCCGGCGCACGCCGACUGAGAAUGUACCCUUGAAGAAACGCCAAAAACACCAGGGAAAAGGGCCACUAGUCUCCACACAGACCUGACAGACCCAUGGAUGGUCAUGGGAAAAGCAGUCAACAGGAACGUUGUCGACACUAAGGAUGAGGUGAAGCGACGAUGACGGUGUUGUACAGAGGAUGAUAGGUGACAACUCAGUUGAUAUUGAAGGGGAUAAAAAAAGAAAUCAAUCAAAAGAAUAGGAUCAAAAUGUCAAUAAAAAAUGAAUCAAAUAAAAUCACAUCAAAUAAAUGAAGAAAAGAAAAAGAAAAAGAAAAAUCAAAAAGUAAAAGAUCAACAGUGCUAAGUAGACGAUAUUCCGUUUGUCGCCUUGAAAAUGGGGCUCUUCCUCCUCUUCUGUCCCCCUGGUCUCGCAAACAGGACCGUAGCAGUCGGGUACAAACCUCCGUCGCCUCAUAUAUGCUCCAAGUGGAAGACACCCUAAAGAUCGAGACCAACAGAGAGGAAAGGCCCUUCUGGGAGGGAUCAAUGGCGGAGGAACACAACAAUGUGAAGACACCUAGGGAGGAGGGGGAGGGAGAGAGGUGGAAAAGAGUCUAGUUGCCCAAAAGCGGAGAGCAAGAGGACAGAAGGAGGGUCCCGUAGAGAAGAAGCGACGAAUUGACAGCAUAAUUGAUUCACAGCAGCCAGUAGAACCCCUCAGACCAGAUCCAGGGCGGGACUAGAGACCAUGCCAGCUCA